AUGACGAAUGCUAAACCAUUCUCGACUCCGAUGGCUUCGUCUCUGAAACUUACAUUACACUCUGGUACAUCCUUGUCUGAUCCCUCUAAAUACAGAAAACUGAUUGGAAGCUUGCAAUAUCUUCAGUUCACCCGAUUGGACGACCGCUUGUCUCAAUUCAUGCACAAACCAAUUGAAGAUCACUGUCAGGCUACAAAACGCAUUCUCCGCUACCUUGCCGGCACACCAAUACAUGGGAUCUACUUCAGCACAAACAACAAACUCAUUCUCCAUGCUUACUCUGAUGAUGAUUGGGUCGGUGACGCUGAUGAUUAUGUUUCCACCAACUCUUACAUUGUUUAUCUUGGCAGUCAUCCUAUAUCUUGGUCAGCUAAGAAACAAAACGGAGUCGCUUGCUCUUCGAUGGAAGCUGAAUAUCGAGCCAUCGCUAACACUGCAGCUGAGUUAAGCUGGAUAUGCAGUAUCCUCACCGAAAUCAGGGUCGCAAUACCUUCUCCACUAGUAGUUUUUCGUGACAACGUCGGAGCUACAUUUCUCUGCGCUAAUCCAAUCUUCCAUUUGCGCAUGAAGCACAUAGCGAUAGACUACCACUUCGUUCGUGGUCAAGUUCAACGCGAGUUUCACAUAUUAAUAUCAGAGAUCAAUACACUGACGCCCUCACCACUUCACUCUCUCGAGCUAGGUUCUUGGAUCUUCGUGACAAGUUUGGAGUGA